AUGGCCUCAACCAUACCAAAACCCGCGGCGCCUUGCACCACCUCUGGCAGAUUCGUUUGCUCCCAGCCGAAAUGGAGCCCCAGCCUCCCGCCGCACGUCGACCCCGAACCUGCUCACUCUGAUGCGCGCCCACCCGUUCUUCCCCACCCCCAUCCCCUGUGCCGGUUGCACCUCCCCCUCUGCGCCUCCUCCCCUACGCCUCCCCUCCCAUUCGAUUGGAGCGACAGGUCCCUCCCUCCCUCCUCGCGGCAACCCCCGUCCCUCUUCUUCCCCUCUUUUCCUCGAUUUACCAUGACGACUUCUCUGAGGAAGAACCGCAAAAAGCGCGGCCACGUCAGCGCCGGCCAUGGUCGUAUCGGCAAGCACAGAAAGCAUCCCGGUGGUCGCGGUAACGCGGGAGGCAUGCACCACCACAGGAUCAUGAUGGACAAGUACCAUCCGGGUUACUUCGGUAAAGUCGGUAUGCGUUACUUCCACAAGUCCAUGAACAAGUUCCACUGCCCACACAUCAACCUCAACGAGCUCUGGUCGCUCAUUCCCGCUGAUGUUAAGGAGAAGGCCAGCGGCGCUGGAUCCGCUCCCGUGCUCGACGUGACCAAGUUCGGGUUCUUCAAGGUGCUCGGCGCCGGCGAGCUGCCAUCGCAGCCGUUGAUCGUGAAGGCGAAGCUGUUCAGCAAGCUGGCAGAGCGACGGAUCAAGGAGGCCGGCGGCGCGGUCCAAUUGACGGCGUAA